CCCAGAACAGAACCAUUAGAAGAGAAAUUAUAUUUGAAAGAUGAGCCAGGGACAGCCACGGAGACCCGCCGGCGAUUACGUGGAUCCCAUCAAGUACGGCGACGUUUUCGACGUCUCCGGCGACUUGGCUUCAGAACCCAUCGCCCCCAGAGAUGCGGCCACCAUGCAGGCCGCCGAGAAUAUGGUCCUUGGCCAGACUCAGCGUGGCGGCCCCGCCGCCGUCAUGCAGUCUGCUGCCACCAUCAACGAACGUGCUGGCGUCGUUGGCCACUUCGAGGCUUCCGAUGCUGCUCGGCACCAAGGCGUCAAUGUCACCGAAGCAGUCGUCGAUGGCCAGCGAGUCGUCGUCGAGUCGGUCGGUGGUCAGGUUGUGGGACGAUAUGUUCAACCAGACGUUCCGAUGAGGGCUCCGGGAGCAGCUCUUGACCCUGGUUCAAUCACCAUCGGAGAAGCUCUAGAAGCAAGUGCAGUCGGUGCCGGAGACAAGCCGAUCGACCAAAGCGACGCGGCUGCAAUUCAAGCUGCCGAGGUGAGGGCCACCGGAAAAGACGCUAUAGUACCGGGCGGUGUCGGGGCGGAGGCUCAGUCCGCCGCCACACUCAACACUCGAACCAUGCGCGACGAGGACAAGACAACACUCGGCGAUGUUUUAUCGGAUGCCAUUGCGAAGCUACCAGGAGACAAGACGGUGACGAAGGAAGAUGCGGAAAGGGUGAUAAGUGCGGAGAUGAGGAAUGACCCGACGAUGGCGACCACGCCGGGAGGAGUGGCAGCGUCAAUGGCAGCGGCGGCCAGGCUUAACCAACAGGGGUAGCUUGCAAAUUGGGGUCAUACGAUGGAUGCUUUGGUUACGUUCUUGUGUGUAUAGUGUUUUUUGUGUUGGUUCUAUAUGCAUGUAUAUAUUAUAUAUUAUCAGUUGUUGGGAUGAGUUUUUGGGAGUUGAAAGAGGACGAAGAUAUGUAAUAUAUGUUAAGAUAUUACAUAAAGUGCUUUUUUUUCCUUUCUUUAGAAAGUACUUCUAACGAGUUUUUCCCAAUAUUGUACUGAAGGGAAGUUUUUAAAGUAA